GGGGAGGCAUGGAGGCGGAUCUGAGCGCCGCGGCGGAGGCGCUGGCGCUGCAGGUGGACCUGCUGCAGCUGCCGCCGGAGAUCCCGGCGCCCGGGGCGCCGGCGCUGGGCGUGGUGCUCGACCGGCUGUUCGCGCACUGGCUCACGCUGCCGGACACCGUGGCGCUGGUCGGGUGCCUGGUGCAGAAGGCCAAGGCCAGCAGGGGCGCUGCCGGGAUCGUCGGCCCCGGGUCCGUGAUGCUGCCGUCGAUGAUGAUGCAGGGGGGCGCCGCCGUGCCGCCGCUGUCGCCGAGGUCGCCGCGGCUCUCGCGGAGGCCCAGCGGCGUUGGGGCCGGCCAGUCCAACCGCUCCGCGUCGCCGCUCCGGCCGGCCACCGCCCGCGCCGUCAAGGAAGUCAUACCCCAGUUUUAUUUUCAAGAUGGCCGCCCGCCCACAUACGAGCUGAAGAAGCAAUGCAUAGCGAUUGUUGAUCAGCUCUUCGCUGGACACUCGAAUGGUCUCCGGAUUCAAGAAUUCCGGCUGGUCACUAGGGAACUGUGCAAAUUGCCAUCGUUCUUUACCACUGUUCUUUUCGGAAAGAUCGAUAAGGAAAACACAGGAUUUGUCACAAGGGACGCCUUCAUCGAUUCCUGGUUGAAUAGCAAUAUGGUGACUAUGGACGUUGCAACCCAAGCAUUUAUAAUCUUAAAGCAAAAGGAUCAAGAUUAUAUCACAAAGGAGGAUUUCAAACCAGUUCUUCGAGACCUUUUGGAUAACCAUCCUGGCCUGGAGUUCUUAAAGAGCACACCUGAAUUUCAAGAAAGAUAUGCUGAGACUGUCGUAUAUAGGAUAUUUUAUUCCUUGAGUCGAAUUGGAGGGGGCCAUCUUACGCUUAGGGAGCUAAAGCGUGGAAAUCUUAUUGAUGCGCUGCGACAUGCUGACGACGAAGAGGAUAUUAAUAAAGUUUUAAGGUAUUUCUCAUAUGAGCAUUUUUAUGUGAUAUACUGCAAGUUCUGGGAGCUGGACACAGACCAUGAUUUCUUUAUUGAUAAAGAAAAUCUUAUUAAGUAUGGAAACCAUGCGCUGACAUAUAGGAUUGUAGAUAGAAUUUUCUCAGAGGUUCCUAGGAAAUUUACAAGCAAGGUUGAAGGGAAGAUGGGAUAUGAAGAUUUUGUUCAUUUCAUAUUAUCUGAAGAGGAUAAAUCAUCAGAACCAAGCCAGGAAUUUUGGUUCAGAUGUAUAGAUUUGGAUGGCAAUGGCAUUCUCACACAUAAUGAACUACAGUUCUUUUUCGAGGAGCAACUUCAUCGCAUGGAAUGCAUGGCCCAGGAACCUGUACUGUUUGAGGACAUCUUGUGUCAACUAAUUGAUAUGAUUGGACCCGAGAAUGAGACUUUUUUUACAUUAAAAGACUUCCGAAGGUGUAAACUGUCUGGGCAUUUCUUCAACAUUCUCUUCAACCUGAAUAAGUUUAUGGCCUUUGAAUCUAGAGAUCCCUUCCUCAUCCGCCAAAUGCGUGAAGAGCCAUCAUUGACAGAUUGGGAUCGUUUUGCUCGGAGAGAAUAUAUAAGAUUGGCAAUGGAAGAAGAUGGUGAAGAUGCUUCCAACGCAAGCGGAGAUGUUUGGGAUGAGUCACUUGAAUCUCCUUUCUAAAUUGAAGUCACUGAGGAAUCUGUCAAGAUACACAGGAGCAUUCACAUACAAACAACCUUAAUAAUCUCAAAAUGAAUCGAGCUGAUGGUGACAUACUGAACAGCUAUUUGAUAUCUCUACAGAAUUCACAGUUGAGGCAGCUGUACUCAUGUUGAUACAUAUAAAGUUUCAAUUCAUUUGCCGUGGAGUGCCAAUCCAAAUCUAGAGAUAGAUACUUCCAUCUAGUUGCCAGUUUUGGUUCUUGACACUGAGUUUGAACGGCAAUUACAUUCAUGGCAUGGAUCUGGCCUAGUAUUUCUGUUACACUUUUGCUCGAUUUAUCAUGGCAACCAGAAGCGCAAAUCUACUUGUGAUAUUCUGAUGUCCUCAUCCACAGCCAAGUGACAAAUAAGAAAGUGCAUGGUUCUGAUUGAAGGAUGAAAUCACCGUAUGUUCAACUGUACAUCGGUGGAACCACAACUUUACUUUUUUUUUUCUCAUAGUGUUGAUUAGAUGUCUGUUUUCUUUUGCUUUUCAAUAAAGUUAUCGAGAAUAUCAUUUACCUGUGAAUUUUGUAUCUAUAAUAGCUUGUAGUCGCAAUGAACAAUGAGUUAUUAUACAGAGUUUAUUGUUGUUUUUCUAAUAAAUAUGUGAUGACUACUGAUGCUGAGAAAUGUAAUGCAUAUAUGUUACCAAGCUAGCAAAUUUCAACACUCCU